GGAUAUACUUUUACACCUCUUGAUACAAUGGGAGAGAUUAUCUUCUACGAAGACAGGAACUUCCAGGGACGUUCCUAUGAAUGCAGCAGUGACCAUAGCGAUUUGCAAUCUUUUUUUAGUAGAUGUAAUUCUGCUCGGGUAUUAAAUGGCUGCUGGGUUAUUUAUGAACGUCCAGGAUACAUGGGAUUUCAGUACUAUCUUAAACGAGGUGACUAUCCAGACUACCAAAACUGGAUGGGCUACAAUGACUCCAUUAAAUCCUGUCGCAUGAUUCCACAGCAUCACGGUUUGCACAGACUACAGCUUCAUGAAAGAGAAGACUUUAAAGGUCAAAUGAUGGAGUUUACCAAAGAUUGCCCUCAUGUUUUUGAGAAAUUCCGUUACCAUGAUAUCGGUUCCUGCAGAGUUCUUGAUGGAUACUGGAUAUUUUAUGAACAGCCCAAUUACAGAGGUCGUCAGUACUACAUGAGACCAGGAGAAUACAGAAGGUCCAGUGACUGGGGUGGGAUAAACAGCAGAGUGAGCUCUUUCAGGAGAGUUGUGGAUUAUAAUUUAUAAAUAAAUGAUUAAAUAAAACGUGAUUGAUAUU